AUGAGUGCUUCAGUUCCCCACUUUGAAAUGUCCACACUCUAUGUCGGAAACCUGCAACCUGAAGUGAAUGAGGCAAUGGUGUAUGCGAAAUUCAACUCUGCUGGGCCAAUCCUUUCCAUUCAGGUGUGCAGUGACCUGGUAACGCGCUGCUCUCUGGGCUACGCUUACGUGAACUUCUUGCUGCGGGCUGAUACUGAGUGGGCUCUGCACACUAUGAACUUUGAUAUUAUCAAUGGCAAGCCACUGCAUAUUAUGUGGUCCAAGUGUGACCCAUCACUUCGUAAGAGUGGAGUGGGCAAUAUAUUCAUCAAAAAUCUUCAUAAGUCUAUUGAUAAUAAGUCCCUUUAUGAUACAUUUUCUGUCUUCGGAAACAUUCUUUCUUGUAAAGUAGUAACCGAUGAAAAUGGAUCAAAAGGUUUUGGAUUUGUGCAUUUUGAGAACUCAGAAGCUGCUAAAAGGGCCAUUGCAAAGAUGAAUGAUAUUCUGCUGAAAGGUAGCCAAGUUUUUGUUGGGCAAUUUAAACCUCACAAAGAAAGGGAAGCAGAGCUGAGAGCUAAAGCAAACAUAUUUACCAAUGUUUACAUCAAGAAUUUUGGAGAUGAUGUAGAUGAUGAAUGUCUUAAAGAGGUUUUUGGUGAGUUUGAUUCUGUAUUAAGUGUAAGAGUUAUGACUGAUGAAAGUGGAAAAUCCAAAGGCUUUGGAUUUGUGAAUUUUGAGAAUUUUGAAGAUGCCAAGAAAGCCAUUGAAAGGAUGAAUGGAAAAGUCCUUAAUGGAAAUCAAAUUUAUGUUGGUAGAGCCCAGAACCUAAAGAGACAAUCUGAACUAAAACAUAAAUUUGAACAAAUAAAACAGGGUAAACUCACCAAGUGCAAGGGUGCUAACCUUUAUGUGAAAAAUCUUGAAGAUGAUAUUGAUGACAAACGACUGAGAGGAGAAUUCUCCCUCUUUGGCACAAUCUCUAGUGCCAGGGUCAUGAUGGAGGCAGGCCACAGCAAAGGCUUUGGUUUUGUUUGCUAUACAUCUCCUGAGGAAGCUAAUAAAGCUGUCAUGGCAAUGAAUGGAAAAAUUGUGAUCACCAAACCACUGUAUGUGGCUAUUGCACAAAGUAAGGAUGAGCGCCAGGCUUUCCUCACCAAGAACUAUAUGGAAAGAAUCUCAGCUGUGAGAGAUGGAGAUGAUUCUAUACUCAACUAUCGAAAGAUACCAUCAUCCAAUAACUUCAUACCAAAUCUUCCUCAGUCUCAAUGUAGCAAUGUACAUUUUUACAAGCCUGUGGUAAGGGCCAAAUAACAUCCAUCUCAGAAUGUACAUUAUGCUAUCCACUCAGUAGCAGCACCUAAGCCAUCAGUCAGCACUUGCAUACAGCCACAAGUGCCAGGGGUCAAGUCAACCUAUCAAACCACCAAUAUGACAACCCCAAAAAUGGCUCUUUACCCUCAAACUUCUGCUUUAAGACCACCUGCAAACCAAAGAUUCAAAAAAGUUACAGCUGUUGCAAAUGUCCGCAGGCCUCUUAAA